AUCGGAAGAAGGAAAAUCCAAAACAGUCGACUGGCGCGCGUCUUCAAGUCAGCGCGAACCCAAAUGACAGUUGCGUUUGUAAACAACGCCACGUUUUCCGUUGUUUAUCAGUGAAAAUGGCCAAAGCAACGGCGAUUUUUUGCUUUUUCGCGGUGGUGUACGCCGGUGCGGCGUUGCCGAACGUGACGAUCAACAAGUGUUGCAAGCUGAACGAGUAUUUGAGUUCGAAUAAGUCGUGUGUGCCCAGUGAUAGUAAUACCUGGCAGAUACGGGUCAUACAGCCGCGAAGGAAAACCAUAUUAAAAAAUAAAAUCCCUGACCAUUGGGUAAUACGCGAGUCGUCAAAACCAAAAUGCCCAGAAACUGUUCUAUCACUAAGUGCAAGAAAUAACUUCGUACCAUUCGCGAACGGUUCGGUUUAUUUCGUGGAAUUCGACAGGACCGUGCACCCGGAAAAUCUGUGCCUGGACUACAACGCCGCGAUUUUCUGCGUUGAACCCAGCGCGGUUGCCAAACCGACCGUGAAAAAAUGCUGCGGCUCGAACGCGAUUUUUUCCGAGAAGAACAGGACGUGCUUCGCCUUCAAGAACGAGGCCUACAAUUUUAACGUCGGCCCUGAUAAAACCAUGCUGAUGGGUUUUCCGAAUUGCACCGACCUAAUCGUGGCCGGAAAAUUCGACUUGAAGCAGAUCCAAAACAACGGAAGUUUGUUUUUGACGGAAAGCAAGAUCCUGCUGGAAAAAGGGGAGUUUUGUUUGGAUCAUAUACUGGAAAAUUCAGGUUCCCGGCCCAGCAUUCUGACGUGCAAGCACAUCCUGCCCUCUGGUAGCGUGACCCAAGAACCCUCAGAACCGGACCUGAGGUUCACGUUGUACCCCAUCGGCUUGGCACUGAGCGCCAUUUUUCUCGCCGCCACCUUGGUGGCGGGCUCCUUGCUACCCGCAAACCACCACGUCCUCCAUUGGAGAUGCCAGACCAACCACGUCGCGUGCCUUUUGGUCGGCGAUGUUCUUUUGUGUAUCACGCAGCUUUCUGGAGGGAUGGAGAGGGUACCCUGCGUUUUGAUUGCUGUCUCAAUGCAUUUCCUUUUCUUGGCCGCCUUUUUUUGGUUGAAUACCAUGUGCUUUAACAUCUGGUGGACAUUCAGGGAUUUGAGACCACAAAGCACAGAAAAAUCCCAAGAACGCUUGAGGUUGAGACUCUACCAACUGUACGCUUGGGGACUGCCCAUGAUAAUCGCCUCGACUGCUGCAACUUUAGAUUUUGUACCAAAAAGCGAGGACAGUAAUUUAAUAAGACCGAAUUUUGGCGAAACCAAAUGCUGGUUUACUGGGCACACUGAAGUUCUAACAUUCUUCUACGGACCAAUCGGUAUUUUGCUAUUCAUAAAUUUGGCCCUUUUCGCACUGACUGCCAGAGAGCUUACCUGUGGUUUAUGGAAACGAGAGCUAGUUAAAUCGACUACAGAACGAGCUGCAUUAGGCCGCGUUUGCAUGAAACUCGUCGUUGUGAUGGGCGUGACGUGGAUAGCCGACAUCCUUUCGUGGGCAGUGGGGGGUCCCCAGGAAAUAUGGUACCUCACCGACAUAAUCAACUGUCUACAGGGCGUUUUUAUUUUCAUAGUUGUCGGCCUGCAACCGCAAGUGUUCAGCGCUGUGAAACGCUUGUGGUGCAGCAGAAAGCACCGCCAAAAUGGCAACCCUGGAACGACCAAUCAGCACUCGACCAGCUCGCAAGGACCUCAGUCCAUGGGCGACAGUAUUUCCCAAAGUGUUAAUAAUUUGACAAAGUCCGUUCCCUUGGAAACGAGCUGCUAAGCUGCCCUGAUUUUUGACUGACUUAAGUCCAGUUGCCUAACAGUGACUGGUAUGACUCGAGAUUGAUAUUAAAACAAUCGCAAUAACUGACAAUAAUCAAAUUAUUUUUAGAUUAAGCAUUUACGUAAGACUAGUCAAAAUAACGAUUUUUUAAGUUUUUCAAUGCAUUUUACUUACUUUUACUACAAACUGCCCCCUUUCAUUUAUCAUCGAAUUUUUAGUUGUUUAUCUAGAUUAUUUUUAGAUACCCUUUGUAAAUAUUUUUGUUGUUACUUUUAUUAUUAUUAUUUUAGCACUGAUUUUUAUCGAACCCAGUAUUAGUUUCUAGAAUUGCUUAACAGUACUUUAAUUUUUUCUGCUGCCUAAUAAAAAUUGAAUUUAUUCUUUUGUUGAGCAUGCAUUUAAAUACACGAAAUUUGUAUAGUUAUUUAUUGAAUGUAAAUAGUUUAUUUUUAAGCUAAUUAAUUGUGAUUUUAUUGUUUAAGGUACUGUUUAUAUUAUUUUAGUUCUUUAUGUUGUAC